UAAUCCAAAGGAGUGAAUAGCCAUAUAACAAGAAGAAGAAGAAGAAUCACUACUGCACAGUCUCGCGAUAGCGACACCGAACGGAAACGGAAGUUAGUCUUUGUUAAAGAUGGCAACCCCCUAUGUGACAGAUGAUUCUGGUAAAUAUAUCGCCGCCACGCAGCGUCCGGACGGCUCGUGGAGGAGGCCGCGGCGGGUGAAGGACGGAUACGUCCCGCAGGAGGAGGUACCGGUCUAUGAGAACAAGUACGUCAAGUUCUUCAAGAGCAAACCCGAGCUGCCCCCCGGCAUGAGCCCCGAGGACGAGACGCAGAGCGACGCCGCUGGACUCUCCAAAACCGCCAAACGCAACAUGAAGCGCAAAGAGAAGCGCAAACAGCAGAGCCAGAGCCCGCAGGAGGACGUGAAGGCCCCGAGCGCAGAGCUGGAGCACAUGACCCUCGCCACAGACGAGAAGACCGCCAGCGACCCGACAGAGAAGACCAAGAAGAUGAAGAACCUGCGGAAGAAGCUGCGGCAGGUGGAGGAGCUCCAGCAGAAGCUGGAUUCUGGAGAGCUGAAGACCCCCAGCAAGGAGCAGCUGGACAAACUGAGCCGGGGCCAGGCCCUACGGGACGAGCUGAGGCUGCUGGAGGCAGAUCUGUGAGAUCUGUACGUCAGUCCAAGCUCAUUCUUGUGUUUUAUACAUCAUGAAGAAACAUGGCGGCGUCUUGCGCUCUGGACUCUAGAUGCGGGUCGUCCAGAACUCGCACGAGCGCAGACGUCAGAUUAGAGACUGAUGGACUGUGGUGUCAUAGUGUUUUUUUACCACGGCAUGAAAUUCUAAUGUGUAGACUUGUGUUAUAUAAAACAUAGCAUAACCAUCUUCCUGUUUUACUGCCAUUCAUAUCAUCUGGCAUAUCCCAGUAACUGAUGUUUUAAUGAAAUCUACAGCCUUGAUCGUGCACUCUUAGACCGUGUGAUGAAGACUAGUAUGAGUUUGUGUCUUAUAUUUCUGUAUGAUAUAAUCAAACAUGCUGUUUCAAACAUCAGCGCGAUCACAGAUGUGAUGCUGUCAGUGUUGUGUUUUCAUUCCAAACAAAACCGUAACAGAGCCACAGUUACAGAGUUACAGCAGUGCUUCGUUACUUUCAAAGUGAAAGGAGUUUUUUGAACAAACCAAUGAUUCAGUGAUGCAUUCAUAGAGACACUCGCUUGUCUUUUUCCUGAAUAAAUCAGCUAUUUCAGAUCGGUUGA